AAGAAGCAGAAGAAAUAAUAAUAGAAGAAGGAAAAGGAGGAAAAGAAACAGUUAAAGAACAUCAGAGUCAAGGAGAAGAAGCUGCAGGUCGCUCAGUUGCUACAAAAGGAAUUACACGGAACAGUAAUCAGCAAACACUCCACACACCUUUAUCUACGGAGCACAAUCCUUCUCCCGACAGUCUGGGAUUAAAUCCUGAAAGUCCGCAAAAGAAUUUGUCGAAAAACAAUGACUCCGCCAAAAAUCAGCAAACAGAAGACAGCACACCAGGAGAGGAGGAUAAGUCGAAAUUAAGCGAAGGUGUACCAGAACCAGGCGCAGGUAAAGGGAAUUCAGGUCCUGAGCCCGGUAAACCAACCGAAAUUCAUGAGCCGACAGGCUUGUCAUCGGCUUCUUCGGGUGACGCUCAGGAGACAAAACACGUUGUGAAUGAACCUCCCAACGCCAGUCCAGGGCCUCUGGGCGGCGUGACAACGGGCAGCCACACGGAUGUUAAAACCGGCACGGAAGUUCACCCACCACCACCGCAAGAACAUCACUCACCAGCGGUAGCUGCAGAGAAGGAAGGUUCCAUAAUGGAAGAUGCGGCCAUUCAACGAGGUGGACACGAAAGGCCACAAGAAAAACUACCAGAAGCAGCAACAGCAGCGCCACCAGAAGGACUUCGCACAUCUGCGGUGAGAUCUUCGGAAAAAACAGAAGACGUUACUGAUGAAAAUGAAGAAAUUGGUGAAGAGAAUGCUGAAGAUGAAACGAAAAAACAACAAGAACAAAUACAACUACCGCAACAACCUCAACAAUUCGGAGAAAAAGGACAGCAGCAGCAACAACAGGAAGAACAACCGCAUGGAUAUCCCACAGACGAUGGCGAAGUACCCAAAAAAGAUAAAAACGCCGUUGGAACCAACAACAGUGAUGGCAGCACCGCGGUCUCCCACGCCACCUCCCCUCUUUUGCCUCUUCUUCUUGUUGUUGUGUGUGCGGCUGCUGCUGCGGUGGUGGCCGCGUGA